GGAUCCGCAAGUGAUGAUAAAAAGCCAGCCUUCAGCCGGAGAACCGUUUACUCGCCGCUGUGCCCAUCUAUCAGCAGGCUCCGGGCUGAAGAUUGCUUCUCUUCUGUCCUCCAAGGUGCUGGCAUACAACUCCUAAAAUCCUUGGAAUCUUCAAAGUGAUAAAUAUCUUUUGAGUGUUAACUGUCUAAUAAGUCUAGCGACGGAGCCUGCGCGCGGCGCCACCAUGCGGCAGAAGGCGGUAUCGCUUUUCUUGUGCUACCUGCUGCUCUUCACUUGCAGCGGGGUGGAGGCAGGCAAGAAAGAGUGCUCGGAGAGCUCGGACAGCGGUUCCGGGUUCUGGAAGGCCCUGACCUUCAUGGCCAUCGGAGGAGGACUCGCGGUCGCCGGGCUGCCUGCGCUGGGCUUCACCGGCGCCGGCAUCGCGGCCAACUCGGUGGCUGCCUCGCUGAUGAGCUGGUCUGCGAUCAUGAAUGGGGGCGGCGUCCCCGCCGGGGGGCUAGUGGCCACGCUGCAGAGCGUUGGGGCUGGCGGCAGCAGCAUCGCCAUGGGUAAAAUAGGUGCCCUGCUGGGCUACGCCACCCACAAGUAUCUCGAUAGUGAGGAGGAUGAAGAGUAGCCAGCAGCUCCCAGAACUCUUCUUCCUUCUUAGCCUAACUCUUCCAGUUAGGAUCUAGAACUUUGCCUUUUUUUUUUUUUUUUUUUUUUUUGAGAUGGGUUCUCACUAUGUUGUCCAGGCUAGAGUGCAGUGGCUAUUCACAGAUGCGAUCACAGUGCCCUACAGCCUCCAGCUCCUAGCCUCAAGUGAUCCUCCUGUCUCAACCUCCCAAGCAGGAUUACAAGCAUGUGCCGACCAUGCCCAGUAUCCAGAACUUUCUCUAUCACUGUCCCCAACAACCUAGAUAAGAAAACAGAAUAAACUUCUUCCAGAAAACA